AUGCCUAUUGUUUUGACGGAAACAGCACUGGCCUAUAUGUUGCAACGGUGGGUGUUACCAUCGACAGAAGAUACCAACGAAACAACCUCUGAAAGUCGUCUUGGACACAUUCCGCCUCUGCCCUUCGAGGUACAUGACUACAUUCUAGACCACCUGUGGGACGACCAUCGCACACUGAAGAUAUGCAGCCUAACCUGGCGUGCGUGGCUUCCCACUACACGAUUUCAUCUGUUUGGAAGCAUUCAUAUCCGCUCCUCUCGCGACUGUCAGCGUUUCACUAGGCUCCUGAGUACUCCAAUGCUUGGUGCCGAGCUCAAAAACUAUGUACGAGGUGUCGUACUCCAGGAUUUCCCCUUCCGCGACUUGGAUCUGUCCCGAAUCCGUGACGCAUUUUCCACGCUCUAUAAGGUCAACCAUCUCACACUUUCUUAUUGGCCCUGCAACGACAUUAUCGCGGACGACAUCAUUGAGUGCUUGUGCAAAGGUUUCCCACACAUCCAAGCGCUGAUUUUCUUGGAAAUGGAAUUCAAAGACUACUCCAACAUGUUCACAUUGCUUCAUUCAUUUUCAAAACUCAAUCGCAUCCGCAUCUCGGACCAGAAGCUUUUCUUUCGGAGGUUGGAUAUGAAUUUUCCUGUUGAUAUUAAUAUCUCGGGUACGGACCUCCUGGAGCAAGCCGAUGAGUCUGCAGGUGAGAGUGUCGCUUCCAUUUCCGCGGAGGGCAGCCAAGUCCAAGUCCGUGAGAAAAUUCAAGUGCAACAUCUUGAGUUGGAAAUCAGCACACACAAUGCAGUUGUUGGCUCAUGGUUUCUGAAAGAUCCCAAUCGCGCACCUUUCCUAAAUUCGCUGGAAUUAUUUUGGGUGGAAGAGCCUGAGAGUAACGAGUACAGCUGGAUUGCCAAGGAGUUACUCAAGUCAGCGACCAAUCUGGAAAGACUUAGGUUAAACUCCCUGUCGAUUUGGGAUUCGGGUCACGCGAAUCUCAUUGAGGGUAUCAACCAUUUGCGUACGGACAAGCUUCGAAGCAUUGUUUUUGGACCUGUGCGUGCAGACUUUUGUUUUACGGAUUUGCUAUUCUGGGGAGACAACUUGAUGUGGAUCCCAUGUCUUCUCAUGCAUUGCGCGAACUCGUCGAAGCAGCUGGAGAAGGUUCAGCUUGAGAUAACUGUAGAUUCCAGUUUCCAAGAGUUGAACGUAUUGCCGUGGGUCCACAUAGACAAUGCUCUCGCUGCCUUGGUGUCCAAUCUUCCUCAUUUGGCCAUCUCGAUCGACAUUACUCCUAUAUCCUCUCGAUCACAAAUCCUCAAUGCCACCGAGGACAGCGUCAAAUGUGACAUCGUGGAUAGGAUGCCCUUCUUUUCCCAAACGUACGCCACCAUCGGACCAGCGACAAGACAAACACCCGACAAGAUGGCCGACCAGAAGACCGCGCCCACGAACCCCAUGAAAGAGCUUCGCAUCGACAAGCUCGUUAUCAACAUUUCCGUCGGUGAAUCUGGUGAUCGUUUGACGCGAGCUUCCAAGGUGCUCGAGCAACUUACUGGCCAGACACCCGUCACCUCCAAGGCGCGCUAUACCGUCCGUACCUUCGGUAUCCGUCGUAACGAAAAGAUCGCGGUGCAUGUCACCAUCCGAGGGCCGAAGGCGGAGGAGAUCCUUGAGCGUGGGCUGAAGGUGAAGGAGUAUGAGCUCCGCCGCAGGAACUUCUCGGAGACCGGCAACUUUGGCUUCGGUAUCCAGGAGCAUAUUGAUCUCGGUGCGCGAUAUGACCCGGGCAUUGGUAUCUUCGGAAUGGACUUCUACGUCGUAAUGGGUCGACCAGGAGCACGUGUGGCGCGGAGGAAACAGAAGAAGGCGCGGAUUGGCUUCCAACAUCGGGUUAAGAAGGAGGACACGAUGGCGUGGUUCAAGCAGCGAUUCGAUGGUAUCAUUCUGGCCAAGUAG